CAGUUCAUACUAAUAGUACAGAGAGAGAGAGAGAGAAAGAGAGCGAGAGCCAGAAAAAGAGCCGUUGCCCGGAAGGAAGAGGGAACGUUGGGAAGAGUAAAGCAAGAAGAAGAGUUGCAGGAGAGCAAUGGCGAAAGUGUUCAGAGCCAUGCUUGCGACCUCUCUGCUCCUAUUGCUCCUGGAUAUCUGCAAGGGGAGCAAAAUUGGAGUUUGCUAUGGAAGAUAUGCCGACGACCUUCCCACGCCAGAUAAAGUUGCACAGUUGGUUCGACUUCACAACAUCAAAUAUUUGAGGAUAUAUGAUUCAAACAUCCAGGUUCUUAAGGCCUUUGCAAACACUAGAGUUGAGCUCAUGGUUGGGAUUCCGAAUUCAGAUUUGUUGCCAUUCUCCCAAUUCCAAUCCAAUGCCGACACCUGGUUGAAAAACAGCAUCCUCCCUUACUAUCCAGCCACAAAGAUCACUUACAUAACUGUUGGUGCUGAAGUGACAGAAGCACCCGAUAAUGUCUCUGCCCUGGUUGUACCUGCUAUGCAAAAUGUUUUCACGGCUCUAAGAAAAGCUGGCCUGCACAAGAGGAUUAAAGUUUCGAGUACCCACUCUCUCGGCGUUUUGUCUAGAUCAUUUCCACCUUCUGCUGGAGCCUUUAACAGUAGCCAUGCAUUCUUUCUGAAGCCUAUGCUGGAGUUUCUUGCAGAGAAUCAGUCACCUUUCAUGGUUAACACCUAUCCUUAUUAUGCUUAUAGAGAUUCGCAUAAUAAAGUUUCUCUUGAUUAUGCGCUCUUUGAGUCAUCCUCUGAAGUAAUCGACCAAAAUACCGGUCUGCUAUACACCAACAUGUUAGAUGCACAAAUUGAUGCUAUUUAUUUUGCACUGAUGGCCCUAAACUUCAAAACAAUCAAGGUUAUGGUCACUGAGACUGGCUGGCCUUCCAAGGGAUCUACCAAAGAGAAGGCUGCUACUCCAGAUAAUGCCCAGACUUACAACGCCAAUCUGAUUCGCCACGUUAUCAAUGAUUCAGGUACCCCCGCUAAGCCUGGAGAGGAGCUAGAUGUGUAUAUUUUUUCAUUGUUCAACGAGAACAGAAAACCUGGUCUGGAUUCAGAGAGGAAUUGGGGCCUAUUUUAUCCAGACCAAACAAGUGUUUAUAACCUUGAUUUCACUGGAAGGGGUGCCUUGGACACGAGUAUACAAUCAAAUGUUACUGGUUCAAACGGAACAUGGUGUAUUGCUUCGGCUACUGCCUCUGAAGCUGACUUACAGAACGCCUUGGAUUGGGCUUGUGGUACCGGGAAUGUGGACUGCUCUCCUAUUCAACCCAGUCAACCUUGUUUUGAGCCGGAUAGUUUAGUUUCGCAUGCAUCUUAUGCAUUCAACGGUUAUUACCAACAAAAUGGAGCUACCGAUAUUGCUUGCAGUUUUGGAGGAGCUGGCAUUAAAACAAACAAGAACCCUAGCUAUGACAACUGCUUGUAUAUGACAGCCGGGGGCAGAAAAACUGCUGCAAGUAAUUCAACAGCAGCUCCUGCAACAGCUUCAUCUUCCUCUUCUUCUUCUUCUUCUUCUUCCUCUAUUCAAGUACGAUUUUCUGUAUGGAUUUCUAGUUGUCUGCUUUUGGCCACCCUUCCAUUUGUCUGAGAUUCUCUGUCCAACAUAGCAUGCAUUUUGGAGCUAGAGAGAGUUUCUUGAUUUGCAUUGCCAUUGUGGAGCAGCAACCGAGCCCUCUUGGUUUUGUAAUUGUAUGAUACUUAGAAGGUGCUUUAGGAAGAUGGUAGGUGUUCUGUUGUUGGUUCUUCAACGGAACAUGGGUAGCUCUGAGUUGUAACCUUUUAAGCUAUGACGUGUUGGAAUCUAAGUAUCAUGCUCAAGUUUUGUCAAUAGAAAAACAAGAUCUGAACCGUCACUUCCGCGUA